AUGAGGGGUGGUGGUGGAUGGUCGCCCUGUUUUCGAGCUCUGGGUGGACAAAGGGGCUUCCAGAAAGAGAGGAAGAGGAUGGCCAGUGGGAAUGGGCUGGCUUUGUCCUCGGCCCUGGUGGCCAAGCGCCCUUCCGCCCUGGGCCCAUUCCCCAGAUACAUCUGGAUCCACCAGGACACACCCCAAGACAGCUUAGACAAGACUUGCCAUGAAAUCUGGAAGAGAGUUCAGGGCCUUCCCGAGGCCUUGCAGCCCAGGACCUCAAAGGAGCAGCUCUCUGCCCCCGUGGCUGGCACUCCAAGAGACAACGGGCCCAGCUUCCAAGAAGAGGCUCUGGAGCUCACCAGUGGCAAAGAUGAGAUCUCCUUGUUGGUGGAGCAGGAGUUCUUGAACCUCACCCAAGAGCACCUCAUCCUAAUCGCAGAGAGCUCGGGAGAGCUAGAGGCACCCGGCAGCCCUCCCGGGGGACCCCGACCCCCGGCUCCCUGCCUUCUGGUGCCUUCUCUGGUGGCAGGCAGCAGUGAGUGCCCAGGGGCCUCCAUCAUCACCGGUGACCAGCUUCUGGAGCCGAAGGUGGCCGUGUCUGUUGUCGGCAGCCGGCAGGACUGCGAUUCUGCCCUAUCUACAGUCACGGGCAUCCUCCGUGCUGCCAAGGUCAAGGGUGCCAAGAGAAUGGAGGAUCGGGGCCAUGGCCUGGGGGCCUCCAAUUUGGAGAUCAGCAAGCUCCUGGCCCAGUUCCCACUAAAGUCCCCUGAGACGUCCAAGGCCCCCGACAGCAAGGUGGUGUUGGAGGAAACCAGAGUCAUCAAAGACUUCCUGCAGAACAGCAUGUUCUCUGGCCCUGGACCCAAGGAGCCUGCAGGGCUGGGCCCGUUCCUGCUGCUGCCGCCUCCCCCUCCUCCCAGGCCUCCCGACAAGCUCGACAAGCUCCUCGAACUCCCAGCUCCGAAGAAGCAGCUCCCGGUGUUUGCCAAGAUCUGCUCCAAGCCCGAGGCUGACCCCGCCACGGGGGGGCACCACUUGAUGGAACGGAACCCUGGCAUCAAGGAGCUGACCAAGGGUCGAGAGAGCCUCUUUCUCAGUCAGUGGCCCCAGAGCCAGAAGGACAUCUGUGGUGAUGAGGGUUGCACUGACCCUGGGGGCUCCAUGUCCAUGGCUCUGCCGGCCAAGAAGCCUGCCUGGCCAGCCGAGAAGAACCUGCUCUAUGAGUUCCUCGGGGCCGCCAAGAACUCAAGCGGGCAGCUGAAGCUUCGCAGCAGAGUGGAGGUGGACGGGCUAGAGCUGAAAUUUAACCCACCAGCGAUGGGGGCCGACAAGAACAACCUCAAGUACACAGGGAAUGUCUUCACUCCACGCUUUACCACCACCUUGACCUCAGCCACCCUGAACCAGCCACUCUGGCUCAACCUGAACUAUCCACCUCCGCCUGUGUUCAGCAACCCCUCCACCUUCCCGCAGUACCAGGGCCUGUAUCCACAGCGAGCAGCCAGGAUGCCCUAUCAGCAGACCCUACCCCCCCAGCUGGGGUGUUACUCCCGACAGGUGGCGCCAUACAACCCACCACAGAUGGGACAGCAGAUUUUCCGCUCUUCCUACACUCCCCUGCUGAGUUACAUCCCCUUCGUCCAGCCCAACUAUCCGUACCCUCAGAGGACACCUCAGAAGCUGGCCAGCAGUGCCCGAGACCCUUCCCCCAUGGCAGGAGAUGGGCCGCAGUACCUGUUCCCCCAGGCAUACGGGUUCGGCGCGACGUCUGGUGGGCCCCUGAUGAACGGCCACUAUUUUUCCUCCAGUGGGAAUGGCAUAAAUUUUUAG